AUGACAACGCAAGCAAAAAACAGCUUGAAAUACCCACCACAUCAAUGGUUUGACAUUCAGAAGAGCUCGCUAGCAAAGGAAAGCCAGACUCAGCGACGAAACUUCCGACGAGCACACCCGGAUUUAGCAGCGCCAGCUCCUCGCUUUUCGCCGGAUGAACUUGAAGACCCAGCCAAGACAAUAGUGCUGCCAAGCGAGAUUUUUGCAGCAACGUGGACAGCCAGCAUCUCCAGAGUAGGAACCAUGCAAGGCACAUCUUGCUGGCGCCAAAAUCCACAGAAAGGGCCAGCACCGCACCUCAUUCCUCCACGACCAGUGGUGCACUGUAGUAGCACUGGCGAGAUCUACGAGCUGGGUGGCCCUGUUCAUCCUCAGGACAAUCUUGCACUUCCUCAAGUUUGCAUGGCUCCAGACUUCAAGGCCAAGGUGAGCUGGCCAAAGCUGCCUGAUUGUGGACAACGAGUUGCCGGAAUCCCUAUGCAGGCUCUUGCUCGAAUGAAGUCUGCAGAUGCGGCGACGGAAGUUUGCUGCCCUUGCACUUGUAGAAGUGAUAGUGCAUGGUCAGACGCUACAAGCCGAUUUGCCAUAGAUGCAUCGUGGUUCUUUUUGAUUUUUUUUGCGCUUCCGAUGAUUGAGACCAGUGGGCUCAAGUGCAAUGCCUGGCCGUGUGCCAUGGCGAACAAGGAUGAGAUCGGCAUCACAGCUUGGAUUAGCUGCUUGCUUUGCACUGGCGUUUUGGCCAGGCAGUUGCAGGAGCUUGUGAAGCUCUUUGGCAGUGAGUCGCAGCCGAAAUGCCGCUUCCGUUGCAAUGAUGAGGAUGGAUGUGUAUGGUUAGUGGAUACGGGCAGUGAGCAAGAUCUUAUCAGUGAGGGGAUGCUGAAAACUGCAAAGGCGACAAAUCGUCGCAUCAGCAACACCCCAAUCAGCUUAGCCACAGCAAGCGGUUCAACUCGUGCGGAUGAGGUGGCCGACGUAAAAGUCGAUGCCCUACACCAGCCGUUUUCCCCGUACAUCCUAGAGGCCAUCAUUCGUCCGGACAUAGGAGUCAUAGAGCUGAACGUGGACGGCCGGGUGCCAGUCAUCGAUAGCUCGUGCCGAGUCCUGAACAGCAAACAGUUCAAGAAGGACUGUGACUUGCUUCGGCUUUUUGCAAUGGUUUCCGCUAGAGCGGCAGAGGCCGAGGAUGACGGAGUAGACGAGGGAGCGGCCGUCGGUGAUUCCGGCUCUGCAGGUGGAGCCUUGGCAGAUGAGUCUGGAGGAAGCAAAGACUUUGGCAAAAAACCUGGCUCGGUAGGCAUUUUCUCCCGACUGCCACGCCAGAGUUGCAUCAAGUUACUGGCUUUCGCCCGAGCACUGCUUGCAGCAGUGGGAAGUCCACGGAUGCGGCAGCUCAGCGUCUUAGGAGGAUCAAGAAAAAGCAAAGCAAGUAAGAGCAGAGACUUCGGUGACUACGAUAACCGCUACCGCCGCUUGGCAUUUUUGAAGAACCAGAGCUUCAACCAGAACAACUGA